AUGUCGCAAUCCGGUUAUUCGAUGUCAAACCAAUUUGGGAACCCUAAUGAAGGGGUUGACCCUUCGGAGUUGAGCAUGCAGAACGGCGGCUUCAUGUCGUAUCCCUUUUCAUCACAGCAGAACCUCUCGUCGAGCUUCAACUUCGGUAACUCUGGGAUUGAUACUGAUGAGUUGCUGGACUUGGAGAUUAAUGGCCACAAUGGAGUCCAGCAGAACUAUCUUCAGGACCAACAAUCCAGCGCAGGAAUCUCGAUGAGCCACCCCGGCCAGAUAUCCCAGAUGUACUCCAAUACGCCCGAUGGAGCCCCCAUGCAUAGUCCGUUUAUGCACAGUUUCAACUAUGACCAUUUCCGGAAUAUGGGUCAACCAGGACAAGCGGGGUCGCAUCUCCAAGGAAAUGGGUCUCACUUUGACCAGAACUACUUAAAUGCCAAGGCUCGGCCGAGCAUACAAGCGCUCGAUCGCGCCUCGUACGAUGGACGCAGCCCGAUGACCCCUAAGACUCCGGCGCUGGGCGCUUUGACCCUGGGCACUCCGGAAUCCGGAAGCUUUCCUACUCAACCCAUUCGGACCGGCCUUCAGCACCGACACCAGAAAACUCUAUCCAACCAGUGGGAUGGUACUCCCGGAAGUGCGCAUUCAUAUGUGGAGUCGCCGAUUUCAUCCCCUGGUCAUCCGUCUCACCAUGCUGGAAUUUCUGAAAUCCUCAAAUCGGGCAAGCAUGCCUCUUUGCCGGCCAAGGUUGAUACGCAUAUGCCAGGGUCCGCCCAGGACCUCGAGUCACAGGAAGCGAAGCGGCGCCGCCGCAGAGCCUCCCAUAACUUAGUGGAACGCCGGCGGCGAGACAAUAUCAAUGAGCGCAUUCAGGAUCUCUCACACCUCGUACCCCAGCACCGCCUGGAGGAUGAUAAGGUUCGCAAGCAGCUCGUCAACAAUACUACCAUGUCUGGGACUGGAGCAACUGCAAACGCUGCGACAUCUCUGCUCGCUGGAGGUAACGGCCGUCGUGCCACUGCUGGUAACAUCACCAUGGGUUUGCCUAUCGAGGAGAAAGAGAAGGGACCCAACAAGGGAGAUAUUCUCAACGGAGCGGUCGGUUGGAUGCGAGACCUGAUGUGGGCUCUGCACGUUAAGCUCCAGCAGGAAUCUGAGCUGGCAGAACUGAUCAGCAGAUUGGGCGGCACCUGGCCGUUUGAGCAGACCGAAGAAGAAAAGCGCAUGCGCACGGAAAUUCUCGAUGCGCUCGAGAAGAACGACCCUGGCUCUUUCGCCUACAGCAGAGCGCCAGGCAGUGGCCUUCGGGUGCCCAAGCACACCAACCUCGCUGGAGAUUCCGUCAGCGGCAACGGGACGUUGAGCCCCCAGAGUCUGAGUCCACCUUUCAACAGUGGCAGCAGCAGCAAUGGCGGGGGUGGGCAAGCGCAGUACUGGAACAGCUCGGGCCAUGCUGGCAUGAGCUUCAAGGAAGAGGAUGAAUACGCAAUGGAAAUGAAUUAG